AAAAGAAGAAGAAAAAGAGAAAAAGGAGCACUAAAAAUCAAAGUCAAUAAGGGAAAGCUCUGCCCCUCCUUUGGUAAUAGGCUUCCAUUUCCUCUUCCUUUUUUGCGAUUUCUUUCUUUUCCCACCGCGUGGACUUACCCCAACUCAACUACAACGGUUACACAAAAUUUCAUCGAUUCCUUCUUCAUCACAGCCUUCCUUUUUUUGCUUUUUUUUCUUCCCAAUACACUGAUUCUUUGUAAUUAUUCAAUAAUUCAGCUUCUGGGGUUGUUCUAUUUUCUCGUUUUCUUCCAAUUUUCGACCACUUGUGGAUCGGUAGUAAUCUCUCCUGACUUCUCCUUUGGCUGGUUUUAUGUUAAAUUCAUUACGUUUGUAGGAGGACGUUCAUCAUGUAGCUCUGGAAAGGGCAGGGGCAAUCUCUGCCCUGCCAGGUAUGGGUUUAGCCUAGUAAAAGGCAAAGCAAAUCAUCCCAUGGAGGAUUAUCAUGUUGCUAAAUUUAUUACUGUGCACGGUCGUGAGCUAGGCCUUUUUGCUAUAUAUGAUGGACAUUUAGGAGACAGCGUACCCGCCUAUCUACAGAAGCAUCUAUUUCCUAAUAUACUGAAGGAUGAGGAAUUCUGGUCGAAUCCCGGCAGCUCUAUCUUUAAGGCUUACGAGAAGACAGACCAAGCAAUACUCUCACACAGUCCUGACUUAGGAAGAGGUGGAUCCACUGCCGUCACUGCAAUUUUGAUAAACGGUCAGAAAUUAUGGGUGGCUAAUGUUGGAGAUUCGCGUGCAGUCCUUUCAAAAAAAGGGCAGGAAGUGCAAAUGUCUAUUGAUCACGAGCCAAACACUGAGCGAGGAAGUAUUGAGGACAGAGGUGGCUUUGUCUCUAACAUGCCAGGAGAUGUUGCAAGAGUGAACGGGCAGCUUGCAGUUUCUCGAGCAUUUGGCGACAAGAACCUCAAGACACACUUGCGAUCUGAUCCUGAUAUAACGAAUGCCGAUGUUGACUCUGACACCGAGCUUCUUAUCUUAGCAAGUGAUGGUCUAUGGAAGGUCAUGACAAAUCAAGAAGCCGUGGAUAUAGCAAGAAAAACCAAGGAUCCCCAGAGAGCAGCAAAGCAAUUAGCAGCAGAAGCACUGAAAAGGGAAAGCAAAGACGACAUCUCAAUCAUCGUGGUUCGUUUCAAAGGGUAAAACUCGUGUUGAGCUGAAGUUUGUUACCAUUACUUAUGUAUUAGGGGGUGUUUUACAAUCCAUGGCAACUCUACAAUCUUUAAGCCAUCCCCAGUACGAAGAAUCUAAAGAAAAACCCGUAUAAAUUUCGAUAUCUCUGCAAAAUAUGUUUAAUCUCCCAGUUCUCCCCCAGCAGAAAGAUUAAGAAAAAAAGGCAUCUCUGUAGUAUAAUAUGAUGUUCUUGCUCUAAAUUGGUGCAGUUUGAUCUUUUUUUACAUGAUUUCUCUUUUAUCUGUAGAUCCAUGUAUACCUUCAUUUUUCUGUAACUUUUUUUGUGAACUUGUGAAACAGUUUGGAACUGUAGGUUUGGCCUUUGGGGUCUCCAUGGAACAGCUGCAUGAGAUGUAUGCAACUAUUGUAAUAGAUUGAUGAGCUUUUUGGUUGAUAUAUUUUAUAUCCUUGAAAAUAAAUUGUACUUUGAUUUA